GCUCGUUGACAACACGGUAGACGCCGUGAUUACGAACAAGCAUGGAUGCUACAGUAGGAGUGUGUUAACCUGGCCUGUGUGUUUUCACUUGGGUUGACAUCUCUGGAUUUCAUCGAUUUAUAUAAAAAGCAUUGACUUUCAAGGCAUCAUGCAUGAAAGAGUGAUUCCCGCGUCUCCCAACUGGUACUGCGGCCGCUGCAGCGACACCAACCAGAGAGGCGUGAUGGGCUUCGGAGCCCGGAACACAGUCUAUCUGCUGGACGUGUCUGCAGAGUCCUGCUCGGUCCUGGGGAGUCUGUCCGGACACAAGGAGCGAGUGUCGGGCUUCUCCUUCUGUCGCCAGGCCGGUCAGGACCAGCUGUGUGCCAGCAGCUCUGACGACGGCACUGUCAAGUUCUGGGACGCGGACGACAGAGUUCUGCUCAAAGAACACAGCGGCCACCAGGGCACCAUCGUGGCGCUCCACUGGUCCCCAGCUGAUAAGAACCUGGUGGUGUCCGGGGACGACAAGGGGGUGGUGGUCUGCUACUGGUUUAACACGGGUGACUGCAGCAGCUUCUUCCCCCUCCCCAAGGCCCUGUUCUCCCUCUCGUGCUCCCCCCACUCCUGGAAGCUCCUGGCCCUGGGGUACAAGCAGGGGAUAAUCCUCCUGGUAGACGUGUCUAAGAAGGGGGAGGUGCUGCAUCGGCUUCGAGGCCACGAGGAUGAGAUCCACUCCCUCUCCUGGUCCCCCAGCACCCCCGCCCUGGAGCAGGGAGACGCCCCCCAGGACCCCCCAGGGGAGGAGGAGGAUUUCGCGAGAGGGAGCGGCGGGUAUCUGGCCUCCGGGAGCCGAGACCAGACCAUCCGGGUCUGGAGCACCGACACCGGGAGAGGCAUCACGACGUUAAAGCUGCCCUACCUGAAGAAGAGAGGGGGCGGAGUCGGCGGUGGGGGCGGAGCCGGUGGGGGAAAGGACCGCCUCUGGCUCAGUGUUCAUUGGCCGGACGACCGCCCCUCCCAGCUGCUGUCCAGCUGUUUCAGUGGAGAGCUGGUUCUGUGGGACCUGGGUGCGAGUGGGAAACAGAAGUGGAGUGUUCUGGGCUCAGGAGAUCAGAACCACAGCCGCAUCGUGUUCAACAUGAGCUCCGUCCGUCUGGCCAGCGGGCGCCAGCUCCUCCUCACCACCUCCAUGGACCGAGAGAUUAAGUGCUGGGACCUGGCGUCCCUGGAGUGCGUGUGGACGCUGCCCACCCUGGGGGGCUCGGUGUACGCUCUCAGCUUCUCCCCGGUGGCCACGGGCCUGCUGGCCCUGGGCGGGGCCGACCAGAUGAUCCGGUCCUGGGACACGCUGUCCCUGCAGAACCCCUACCUCACCAAGACCUUCUGGCAAGGCAUCCGCUCCAAGAUCACCGCGCUGGUCUGGCACCCUAGCCGGGAGGGCUCGCUGGCAUUCGGGACGGACGACGGGAAAGUGGGAAUCUACGACGCCUUCUCCAACAAGCCUCCUCAGAUCUCCUCCUCCUACCACCAUAAGACCAUCUACAGGCUGGCCUGGGGCCCCCCCCUGCCCCCCCUCUCCUUUGGGGGUGCUGGUGAGCGCCCGUCCUGCAGCCUCUACAGCUGUGGGGGGGAGGGUGCCAUCCUGCAGCACGACCCCCGCAGCCUGGCCUCAGACGCCUGCAACAUCGACAAGCUCAUCAGAGACACCAACGGCAUCAAGCACAAGCUGUCCCCUCACUCGGACUUCAGCUGGAAACCCGACGGAACCGUGGUCGCCGUCGGCAACGAGGACGGGUCUGUGGACGUGUACGCGGCCCCCGCCCUGAAGCAGCUGUGCAGCGUGCAGCAGCACAAUAAGAUCAUCAACACGCUGCAGUGGUACCACCCCCUGGCGCCGCAGCCCGAGCUGCAGUACCUGCUGGCGUCCGGGUCCAGCAGCGCCAAGGUCUACGUGCACGACCUGCGCUCCGCGUGCGAGGCGCCGGCGGACCCCCCUGCUGUGAUCUCGGAGGCCUUCCGCACCCUGGGGGCUCACACGGGCAAGAUCACCGGCCUCUCCUGGAGCCCCCACCACCCGGCACGCCUGGCCACAGUCAGCUACGACCACACCGCGCAGGUGUGGGAUGUGCUGAAGGGGGAGGGGCUAGUGAACUAUCGUGGUCAUGGUAACCGGGUCAUGUGUGUGGAGUGGUCCCCCGUGGACCCAGACGUGGUCUGGACCGGAGCGGAUGACUUCACCGUUCACGAGUGGAAGCCGUCCAAGCAGGAGUUCACAGCGCCCCCCAAAGGCAAGAAGCCGGUGGGACUGAGGGAGAAGAACAAGCAGAAGAAGAUCAACAUGGCUGCCGGCGGGCAGCGAGAGGGAGAGUCCCCUCCUGUUGGAGAGAGAGAAGCUAGUGAGAGAGGGACUAGGAGUGUUGAUGGAGAGAGGGAGACCAAGGCCGUGAACGGAGAGACGGAGACCAAAGUAGUGACUGGAGAGAGAGGGUGGCGGGAGAGAGACCCUAAGAGAGUCAACGGCGAGAGAGAGACUGUGAGUGUUAACAGAGAGAGAGAGACUAAGGCAGUGAAUGGAGAGAGAGGGUGGAGGGAGAGGGACACGAGGAGUGUUAACGGGGAGCGAGACGACGACGACGAACAGAAUGGAACCAACGGCUCGUUGUCAACAGCCGGUGGAUUGAUGAAGAAGCCCCCUGCACCCUUGAGGACCAAGGAGAAGCCAGAGUUGAUGAAGAGGAAGAAGGCUCGAUCCAUGCUUCCUCUCAGCACUGCCAUGGACCACCGCUCCAAAGAGGACCUGCUGGAGGACUGCGUUACCCUGGCAACCAUCACACACAGCCCAGAGCCCCCUGCAGGUUGUGUCCCGGGCAAGGGACCCCACCUCCAGCUGGGGCUGUUCUCAGACCGGCCCGCCCUCCACAGCAUGUUCCAGGAGGAAGAGGAAGCCCACCUGGCUGCAGGUCACCCUGACUCGGUGGUCUACCUGCGGCUGUGGAGCGGGGACGUGGAGGGAGCCCUGAGGACGGCCACCGAGAGGGGAGAGCUCAACGACCACCUGCUCGCUAUCGCCCCCACAGGUGGCUACAGGGUGUGGGUCCGGACGGUGCAGGACUAUGUGAAGCAGCUCUGUCUGCAGGAUCAGCAUUUGAAAGCCGCCUCCUUCCUGCUGUCAAUCAACAAGCUGCACGAAGCGAUAGAGCUGCUGCACUCACACAAGAUGUACAGAGAAGCUAUAGCUCUGGCCCGGGCCAGACUCCCGGACCAGGACGUGGUUCUGAAAGGGCUCUACGUGUCCUGGGCCGCGGCCCUGGAGAAAGACGGACACCUGUCGGCCGCUGCCAAGUGUUACGUGGCUGCGGGGGCGGGCUUCGACGCGGCCAAGGUGGUGUCCAAGAAGAGCGACGCCCCCUCGCUGCGGGCCGCCGCGACCAUAGCCCGCCUAGCGGGGGAGAGCCAGCUAGCUCACACCAUAGCGCUACGCUGUGCUAAGGGGCUAGCCGCUAGCCUGGACUGGGUGGGGGCACAGCAAGUACUCAAAGCCCAGGAAGUAUCCAGUUCCAAGGGAGUACCCAGUACCCAGGAGGUACCCAGUACCCAGGAAGUACCCAGUCCCGAGGGAUUACCCCAUACUAAUGGAGUACCCAGUACCCAGGAAGUACCCAGUACCGAGGGGGUACCCAGUACACAGGAAGUACCCAGUACCCAGGAAGUACCCAGUCCCGAGGGAUUACCCCAUACUAAUGGAGUACCCAGUACCCAGGAAGUACCCAGUCCCGAGGGAUUACCCCAUACUAAUGGAGUACCCAGUACCCAGGAAGUACCCAGUACCAAGGGGGUACCCAGUACACAGGAAGUACCCAGUACCGAGGGGGUACCCAGUACACAGGAAGUACCCAGUACCGAGGGGGUACCCAGUACACAGGAUGUACCCAGUACCGAGGGGGUACCCAGUAAACAGGAAGUACCCAGUACCGAGGGGGUACCCAGUACACAGGAAGUACCCAGUACCGAGGGGGUACCCAGUACACAGGAAGUACCCACUACCCAAGAUGGCAUGCUGGUCCACAGGUUGUGUUUCUGCGUGGCUGAGAUCCUCAGUGCUGCCUUAACGGAGUGCGAGGCGGUCUCGUCCCACCCCUGGGCCAGACCCGGUCCUCCCCGAGGGGGGUCCGGUCCCGAGCCCCCCCAGGACCGGGUGCGUGCGGUGUGGCAGCAGGAGUUCGGGGUAGCAGGAGGUUCUGGGGUCACGUCACUCCUGAAGGAUCUCGCCUCUGUUGAGAAGAGUCAACUGAGCAGCAGCAGCCCCGCACACCAGGUGGUGUCCCACGUCGCAGUGUGUCUGUCCACGGCCGUGCUGCUCUGGCUGAGGGGCGGAGACGACGACGAGCUGACGAAGGCGGUCUGGGAGGCGGUGGAGGCUCCGCGGGGGGUCGGCCACGACAGCAUGUCCGCCAUGCUCUGCUCCCUGAUCUUCCCCGAUGGUGACGUCAGCGUGUUUUCCCGGAGGUUCCAGAAGGUUCUGGUUCCCGUGGCGAAGGAGGCGUCGGCGGCCCUCACCAGCCUGCAGGCCUUCCUCAACUACCGCUUCCUGUUCGACCUCUGGUGGAGCCACGCCCCCUCAGCCACCUCAGCCAAUCAGGAGCUGCCUAAUGUGGCCGUGGCCGGGGAGGCGGUUGCCGAGACGGCGGUAACCGAGACGGCGGUAACCGAGACGACGGUAACCGAGACGGCGGUUACCGAGACGGCGGUUACCGAGGCGACGGCGCUGAGCAGGCGUGCGGCGGUGCUGCUGUCGGAGCCCCACGCAGCGUACCAGGCCACCCAGCGGGACGUGGCCCGCGUCCAGGAGCGGCUGACCGGCCUAGUGCUCCACCACGCCCGGGCCCACCAGCAGGGGGCCCAGGACCAGAGCAUGGACCAGAGCCAGGACCAGGGGCCGGAGGAGCCGGAGACCCUGAUGAGUCUGUCGGCCCAGAUGACCCUCUACCAGAAAGACCUGGCUCUGCUGCCCGACACCAUCAAGACGUACAGCCACCCUGACGUGGUGGAGUGCAGCCUGGUGGUGCUCCACCUGGCCCGGGGCUCCACCCUGGUGACGGAGGCCCUGCAGACGACCGCCAGGGACCUGCUGCGCCACUACGCCAGCAGCCCCGACGCCCAGAGGGCCGCCCGGGCCUUCCUCGCCUGAGGACCUCUGGGAGGACACCCAGGGGGCCGCCCGGGCCUUCCUCGCCUGAGGACCUCUGGGAGGUCACCCAGGGGGUUCCUCACCUGAGGACCUCUGGGAGGACACCCAGGGGGUUCCUCACCUGAGGACCUCUGGGAGGACACUCUGUCCCCCCUGUUUAGUUGGUUUCGUUUGAGACUGUACGACAACGUUGCGCUUUGUUUACUUUGUGGAAACUCCCAAUAGCAGCAUUUAUACUGUAUCACUUUCUGUUGAAUAAAAUAUUUCUGUACUCGAUG